GAUAUGGGGGACCCAGAUGUUACAUUUCACUGGCCAAUGGUGAGCAGAGAGGGGCUGGAUUGGUGUGUUCUCCCGAUGCCCCUUCUUUUAAAAACGCCUGAGCUCCUGUCUCCAACUCAGCAACUCAACUCACAUGAGGACGAGCAGUGGCUCUGCUCUGCUCGACCAGCAGCAUCACUCACACCUUGUUACACUCAGCUGUAUCUGAAAGCUGAAGAAUCAACAUUUUAUUUAUUUUUUUUUUCUUUCUUAAGUUUAUGUCUGUGCUGUAGAAAAACAAAAGUCAUCUGUAACUGAAAGUGUGGCACCAUGUUGGGAUUGAAUAAGGUGGCACUCCUGCUGUCUUUCCUGGCUUCAGUGGCUCUGGGCCAAGGAUCUGUGAGGACCAGGAGCCAGUCAGACAGGAGCAGGAGAGCAGUCCUCAACACAUUCACCGACUCACAGACAGCAGGCGUGACAGAGUGGACGUCUUGGUUCAACAUCGACCAUCCUGGGGGGAAUGGAGACUAUGAGCGCCUGGAGGCGAUCCGUUUCUAUUACAGAGAGAGAGUUUGCACCCGGCCCACAGCCAUGGAGGCUCGCACUACAGACUGGGUGGCAGCAGCAGACACUGGGGAAGUUGUCCACUCCAGUCUGGAGAAGGGCUUCUGGUGUAUCAACAAGGAACAGCCCCACGGCCGCGUCUGUUCCAACUACCAUGUCCGCUUUCAGUGUCCCCCAGUGCAGAGUUACUGGUCUGACUGGAGUGAGUGGGGGCCCUGUUCAACCAUGGCUUGCGGUGAUGUAGGUAUCCAGGUCCGCCAGAGAAAAUGUAUCAGUAUGCAGCCCAUGCCUCUCCUGUUGGUGCCAGCGUGCCAAGGGCACCAUACAGAGAGGAGGGAGUGCUCCAACCCUCCAUGUACAGCCCAGUGGAGUCCGUGGGGUCGUUGGGGGACGUGCUCAGUGACCUGUGGUGGAGGUCGCAGGACUAGGAGGAGAACCUGUGUGAGGACCUCAGUGACAGUGCAGUGUACCGGACGCCCUGUUGAAAUACAGAAAUGUGGGAAGAGUCCAUGCCCAGCAAAAUGUCAGCUCAUGUGUACCGAGGGUCGACCCAGUGAGGACUGCAGCCGCUGCGUGUGUGAUGGCCAUGUGCUGCACGGAGAAGUCUACAGUUUGACUGGUGUCCCUGUGGCAGGAGCAUGGGUGGCACUAGCCAGCCAGCCCAAGGUCAUCCGUGCCCGUACAGAUGCCAAAGGUCAGUUCAAGCUUACAGGAGUCUGCUCCUCCAGGACGACCUUGAUCACCAUCAGGAAGGACAAGUUUGCCCCAAUCUCUGUCUCCACCUCCAGCAACACCACAGGGUUGUCCUGGGCACGGGCCGUCCUCAAAUCAGCUGAAAAGCCAUAUAUUGUGAAGCACCCAGAGGACAAAGUGCGAUAUGAGGGAGGACGGGUGCUGUUUUGCUGCAAGGCAACGGGAUCACCAGUACCUGACAAAUACUAUUGGUACCACAACGGGACUCUGCUGGACAGGAAGGUGUACAAGUAUGAAGAGGACCUUGUCCUGCGGGACCUGAAGAUGGAACAGUCAGGACAGUAUUACUGCAAAACCAGCAGCCCCGCAGGCAGCAUCAAGUCGUCUCCAGCCUUACUCACUGUGAUUGCAAAAGGAACACCAGCAUGCAAUUCAACACCUGAGACGCACCUCAUCAGACUGCCGAUGGAUUGCUUUCAACCCGGGACUAACUCCAAGUUCUACAAUGCUGGACGCUGCCCUCACAACAAAUGUGCUGGCUCCCUAGACUUUGAUACACGCUGCAGAGAUGGAGCUGGAUUCUGCUGCGGGGUUGAAAAUAUGGAAAGUCGAAUCAUUGACUGUGGGAGCUACAGCCUCCCUAUCCGGGCUGUGACACAGUGCAGCUGUCAGAAGUGUGUGCAGCCGACUGUGCUUGUUCGUGGCAGAGUGGUCACAGCUGACAAUGAUGAGCCUCUGCGUUUUGGGCACAUCUAUAUCGGUAAAGAGAGGGUGGGCACCACUGGUUACCAAGGAGGCUUCACAUUACAAAUUACUCCUGAUACACAGAGAUUAGUGGUAAAUUUUGUUGACCCCAAUCAGAAGUUUCUUGACACUCCUAAGGUGUUCAUCUUCGACAAGAAAGGUGGAUCCAUCUACCAUGAUGUGAAGGUGAUGAGAAAGCAGACACCGAUUGAUAUCAAUGCAGGAGAGACCAACUCUAUUAACCUUGGAGAAAUUAAAGGGGAGGACCCCAUAGGGCAGCUGGUUAUUCCUCCCAAUUCCUUCCAUAAGGAAAAUGGAGAAAUCUAUGAGGGGACUGUAAAAGCCAGCGUCACAUUCAUUGACCCUAGAAAUAUCACCACAGCUGCUGCGGCACCCGGUGAUCUCAACUUUGUGGAUGAUGAAGGUGACAUGCUCCCUUUGAGGACCUAUGGCAUGUUUUCUGUAGACUUCAGAGAUGAGGCCAACAAGGAAGUACUUGGAGCUGGAGCAGUUCAAGUCCUUCUUGACACACAGCAUGUCAAAAUGCAAGAGCAUAUUCCCAAAAUGAAACUCUGGUCUUUAAACCCAGACACAGGAGUCUGGGAGGAGGAGAGUGACUUUUCAUACACCACAACAACUAGUGGAGGUCAUGGGCGGAGCAAACGAGAGGAGCGUACAUUCCUCAUAGGCAACAUGGAGAUCCGAGAACGUCGACUCUUUAACUUAGAUGUUCCUGAAAACAGACGCUGCUAUGUCAAAGUUCGGGCCUACAUGAGUGAUAAGUUCCUUGUGAACGAACAGCUGGAAGGUGUUGUGAUCAGCUUGAUAAACUUGGAGCCUAAGCCCGGAUAUUCAUCUAAUCCUAGGGCAUGGGGACGAUUCGACAGUGUCAUAACUGGACCCAAUGGGGCCUGUUUACCAGCUUUCUGUGACACACAGAGGCCCGAUGCUUACACAGCUUAUGUCACUGCAAUGAUGGGUGGGGAAGAACUCGAGGCGGCUCCUUCCUCUCCAAAGAUGAAUCCAAAUAUCAUUGGAGUGUCUCAGCCAUAUCUGGAUAAAAUAGACUACCAACGUUCAGACCAUGAGGAUCCAGCUUUGAAGAAAACAGCCUUCAGAAUCAACUUGGCAAAGCCAAACCAAAACAAUUUCGAUGAGACCAAUGGGCCAAUAUAUCCCUAUCAGAAUUUAAUAGCAUGUGAAAAUGCCCCUGUCGAUGCAAAUCAUUUCAGAUUCUUCAGAGUGGAAAAGGACAAGUACGAAUACAAUGUUGUUCCCUUUGAGGAAAAUGAUUUGACAACCUGGACAGGAGACUACCUCUCCUGGUGGCCUAAUCCCCAGGAGUUCAGAGCAUGCUUCAUCAAAGUUAAGAUCCAUGGACCGAAGGAAGUGAUGAUCAGGUCAAGGAAUCUGGGAGGGACACACAGAGAAACAAAAGGUAAACUUUACGGCAUUAGAGACAUUCGCAGUACCCGGGACAUGCGAGAGGCCAACACCUCGGCGGCUUGUGUGGAGUUCAAAUGCAGCGGCAUGUUGUUUGAUCAAGCUGAGGUGGACAGAUCCCUCAUAUCAGUCCUUCCACAGGGGAACUGUCGUAAGGUUGGCACCAACAGCCUCCUACAAGAGUAUCUCAUCAAACAUCCACCAGUUGCUCAAAACAAUGAGUCCCAUGCAUUCAGUAUGCUAGCUCCUUUUGAUCCUUUGGGACACAACUAUGGCAUCUACACAGUCACAGACCAGAAUCCCAGGGUGGCCAAGGAGAUUGCCAUUGGGCGCUGCUUUGAUGGUACCUCAGAUGGUUUCUCCAGGGAGAUGAAGUCAGACUCUGGGGUAGCAUUGACCUUCAGCUGUCCUGAGAGGAAAAUUAACAGGGAAAGCCUCUUCCAGCGCCUGCAGACCAAUCCAGGUCAGACACUGUCUCAGAUGGCGAGGGACAUGAGGGAGUUGGAGGGUGUACAGGUGCGGAGAUCAUCCACCCAGGUGGUGGCCUAUCCUUCAGAGCAGCAGGGCAGGACCCAGAGUCGCAGAGUCACCUCUACAACCAGAAGGAGAAUGUCCAUGCGCACACAGCAGCGACAAUAGAGGUGGCAAGAGGUAUUAUGUUGAAACUGAUAUGACAGCAUCAAGACGAGGAAGUAAAAGUUGUCCGUUUGUUGUUGAGUAUAAACUCCCUCUUGACUAUGAAAAUUGCAAAACUGAAGCAGACAGCAAUUCAGCAAAAUCAUUGUGUGAUUGAUUAUAUUCAUUAGUCUUAUACUUGACGAGAUUAGUACAUGCAGCAUUUGUCUAUAUGUGACUGGCACUUAUUUAAUUGGCUUUGGUCUAAUUUUAGAAAUGAAUAGACUAAAUUGACAGUGGAGAAUGUAACUUUUAUACGUUUAUAGGUCUAAUUUGUGGCAUUCCACUUUCCCCAUUGUGGGUGUUUUUGCUGAUGUCACUCAAUACUUGGGUUAAAAUCAAACCUUCAAAAAUUUUAAACUACUUAGCCAGGCCCCAAACACUUCAUAAUUGGUCAUUGCUUUCCACUGAACUCAUACUUGAUCAGAGUGAAGAAAACAUGAGGUCCUGUUGUCUGCAGCAGACACUGAGUCCUUUUUCUACAAACUGGGAAACUCUCUCCACCAAUGGGAGGCACAUUCGAAAGAGACAGUGGGGUGAGGCAUGCCACCCUGGGAACAGAGGAUGUUUUCAGCCAUGCUUCUCAAUAUUUUUCAUUCGCAUGCGACAUUGCCAACUGUGAUUCAGCCAAAUGUCCCUCCACACCUACUAGAAUGUGAAAGACCAAGGCCUUCGCCAAGACAAGCAUGGAUCUCACUAGUAGCAGGAAGUAUAAAUCGGGAUAAUUAAUUUCAAGGUAUGACAUAAUGUCCCUUUGUCCUCUGCACAUUCCAAAUUAGCACAUCACCAAACAAAAUAUUACUCAAAGCGAUAUAUUACCCAAUAUUUCAUUUACUCAAAAACUGUAACAGUGGCUCAUUCAAGGUCUAAAUGGAUAUUGUUUUUGUUGUUGGGUAAUGUGUUUGUGAGCUGCCUUUAUAUCAUGAUGUGCAAUAACUAUGUAGUAUAAUUUAACUUGAGAAUUAUUAAAAAUCAGCAUGUAACAAACAGUGCACAAAAAAUGCUGUUGGUGAAUGAAACAACAAUAACUCAUUCAGUAGGUAGUGUGGUUAAGGUGUUUGUACGAGAUCUUGCACAGGACUCAUUCCGAGUGAUUUUCAGAAAGUAAUUUAACUGCUAUGUAAUCGUUCUUCAACUUUCUGAACUGCGUAGAAUUUAUUAACCUUUUCAUGCUUUGCUGCAUGACUCAGUUGAUUUUACAAUUUUAUACACCACAGUAAUCUUUUCAACUUCAGAGAGCAAUCUUGUUAGUGGGAGUUAAAACUCUCAGCGGAGCCUUCUCCUCAUUAACAAAACCCACUGCAGGAUUCUUCUACAAGAAAGCGAUAAUUAAGAAAUGCCAUACUACUGGCCAAGUUUCCAUAAAUCCUGUCACUUUGACAGCAUGAGCAACAGUAUCAGUAAAUGUCAAGUACACACUUUGAAAGAUAUUGAGACAGAUAAAUUAUUACACUUACAUAAAAGAAUAUCUGGGUAUUUGAACUGAAGUCAGUAAUAGGAAGAAACUUCACUCUGUGAUAAAAACUCCAAACUUGUUUAUCUGAAAAAUAGGCUCUUGCAGACCCAUGGGAGAAGCUCUUCAAGCUGAACUAAUCCAAAACCAAAUAAGGGGGGACGUGGUCCAUGGAGAAACUAGGAGAAGCUGAGAAGUAAAUAUAAGCCUGCUGCUAAUUAGAAAAUAAAUUACAUGUUCUCUUGAGAACUAUUAAAACAGUUUGCCCCUGACUUUCCUAAACAGCUAAACAAGUUAAUUUAAAGUAAUCAAGUAAUCAACAACAUACUGGGCCCAAGAGGAUUACAGUCAAACAUAUUUACCAUCAAAAUGGCACCCAGCCCACAGUACAGUUAAUUCUUCUAGUUCGAUGCAUUUAAGCCUGAUUACAUUUAUAUUCCCAACAGUUUAUCCAUGUGCUAAAAGGUGAUGUGAAGUUGUGUAAAUUCUGCACUUUACACUUGAACUUGGGCCCGCUUCAAAGAACCGUCUCUUUCCAUUUUGUACUAUGAGCACUCCAGAUAACAGAAAAAUAUAGUGACAGCCUGUGAUAACUUCACUAUUAUCACUGACCUAUAAUCAUAGGCCUGUGGGCCGUGCACAGGCUGAACAGUUCAGAUCUCCAGAUGAAAACAAACAUCUCCCUGCAGCAGAUGUAGCAUCCAACCCUGUAAGAAGGAUGAUGAUUGAAUCCAGGUGUGGGAAGAGAUAAGUCCUAUAAAAAUGCAAUGGUGUGCGAGGUCAGCUGUGGAGGCCCAACAGCUGUAGAGCAACUGGAGGAAAUGUUAGACCAAAGACAUGAAGAGAAAGAUGAGCAAGAUUAUCUAGUGAUGGAUUUAAUCAUUUUGGGGUACUGUUUGGUAAAAGGAAAAAAGGAAGGGAAAAUAUUAGUGGCUUUUGGCAUCACAGUCCAUCACUUACAGAAUCUCGGGCUUCGAAAGUGGUUGCACAUGGAAGAAUGCAGGUUUUCAGGGGAGAAUGCUUUGACAGGCGAAUUGGCUUUUUUCAAGAGAAGUUAUCAGGGGAGUUUGAAGGACAAGGUAACAAUAAUAGGCUGAGUAAACCGUUAUGUAAGCCUUUGCAUGGGAAAGUAAGCUGGGCUCUCCAAACAGCUUCUUUGUCUUCUGGGGAACUUCAAAGAAGAUUAAAGAACCUCUGCAAUGUUUGGUUUAACGACUUAAGAAAAAGUUUCCAAAGUCUUUAGAAUCGGAUAAAGGGAGUUUCAGCUGAAAAUCCAACAGAUAAAAAACAAAGCAGAGAUUCAUUUUUAAUGGAAAGAAAAUAUCUCUCUCAUUGAACUUCUGUGGGAAUAGUAGUAAUCAAAACAACCGCUUCAUUUUACAGGGAGAAAUUCAAUGUUAAUAUCACAAAUACAGAUUAAUGGAGCUUCAUGUAUUAUUUUUUUUUUUUUUUUUACACCUUUAAAGGUCAUCAUUUUGGGAAAUUUGCUUACUUGCCAAGAGUUAGAUGGGCUCUCAUUUUUGUAAUUUCCAAUUAUUAAAUAUGAAGCUACCAUCAAGUCGGUUAGCUUGGCUUGGCAUAAAGACUGGAAACAGGCUGCUGGCCUUGGCUUCAUAUUUGCUGUGCAGACAUGAGAGUGCUAUCGAUCUUCUCACCUAAUUCUCGGUCAGAAAGUGAAUGAGCAGCUGUUGUUAGGUCUUGCAUGACAAUUGGCAUUUUCAAGUGAAAAUCUUUCUUUUGUAAUGAUUGAAAAUUUAAAAAACAAAUCUGAAGUUCAUUUCUUUUCAAAACCACUUCAUGAGACGCUGUAACAGAGUUGCAGUGGGUGCAUGUAACGCUAACCGGCACUAUUUAAAUUCAGGGCAGAAAAGCACAGGACUCUCUAUCCAAAAGAGACCACAAACAAUUUAACAGUUACUCAAGCAUGAAGAGAUUCAUCCGUUUUCUCCUCUGCACAGUCCAGCUGGUCUCAGGGAGAUCAUAAUUUAUUCAGGAGGUCAUCCUUGAACUUUUCCACCACUUUCUGGGGUAUAAGAAGAGAGUUGUAUAUUUGCCACUGUGCUCCAGUAAAAGAAUCUCACACACACACACACACACGCACACGCACACGCACACUCACACUCACACUCACACACACACUCACACUCUUGAUAAUCCUAUCUAAAUGCUUAACUAUUGCAUGGUGAUGCCGAUCUCUUUGUUUCUCUCUGAGUUAGGUUUUCAUGUGUAAAUUGUGUAUUUUAUGAAAUCAACUAUAAUUGUACGAACAAGAAACUGUAAAUAAAUGAUUUUGUGUAAACUUUUGA